CUUUCGUCGAUUUCAUCUUGUGAGGUGAAGAUUUCCUCCUCUUUUGCUGUUUAGCGCCACAUCGAGAAGUCUGAUGAUAUCUGGCGCUAACUCUUUUGGUAUUCGUAGUCAUGCUCGUAGUCCUAGGGUUUUGGUGUGAAGGAUCCCUUGUUUGAUGCAGUUGGAAGGGGUGAAUCGAUAAGGUCUAGCAAAGAUGGCGAACUUGCAAGUUUCUGGAAUUAUUGAAAAGACAAACGUGCAGAAACACUGGUGGGGAAACAAGAUGGAAGUGGGAACCUCAUCAUCAGGCUUGGUCAAGGCCAAAUCUGAGACACUAUCAGAAGCUCUCAAGUCUAGUUCACUUGAUUUCAGUAGUAAUGGUGGCGGCAGUAGCCACGGGAGAAAGCACCAUGUGAGAGCAUCGUCAUCACCGAGCAAAAGUGGCAGCAGUAACAAACAGAGCAACAGAAGGAACACACACAUUAAGAAGGCCAAAAGUGCACACCCUGCUCUUGACCUUAGUCGUCUCACUGGUGGUGCGGCUCUUAGCCGAGCCUCUAGUGCUUCCCUUGGACUUUCCUUCUCUUUUACAGGCUUCGCUGUGCCGCAUGAAGAAGAUAUCAUUCCUUCAGAUCAUGCAGCAAUGAUGAUAACUGUAAGAAAAGCACUAAUAAGCACGGUACCUAAUUGCAGGUCUUGA